AUGGCUACCGAACCUAAAGGGGCUUAUAAUAGAGAACCUAUUUUCACCGGAGGAAAUUAUGGCCAUUGGAAAGCUUGUGUUGAUAAUUCUUAUCGUGUUUCUCAUUGUGAAACUGCCAAAGCUAUGUGGGAUGCAUUAGAAGUUUCCCAUGAGGCAACUAAUAAGGUCAAAGCUAGAAUUAACACAUUAAACCAAGAAUUAAGUGCUCUAGGUAAAACUAUCUUCAAUGUUAUUGCUACUAACAAGGUUUUAAGAUGUCUUAAUAGGGAAUGGAAACCCAAGGUCACCGUGAUUAAAGAGAAACAUGAAAAAGAGUAUGAAAAGAAGAUGAAGAAAGAGAAAGGUAAAGGCAAGGAAGAGGUGAAUAAGUCCAUUGCUCUAAAGCCUUAUAGUUUCAAGUCCUCAAAGAAUGAGGCUAGUGAGUGUGAAGAAAGGGAUGACAACAACUCUGGUGAUGAUGAUGUUGGGCUAUUUGCCAAGAGAUACCAAAGAUAUAUUCAGAAGAAUAAAGUCAAGCACUCCGAAGGAAACUUAUCCAAAUUUAGAAGGGAGUCCAAGUCCUCACAGUAUGCUGAAAAUAUAAAAGAUAAAUUUAUAAGCUCUUGUUAUAAUUUUGGUGAAAUUGAUCACUAUAGAACAAAAUGUACCAUUAUUAAGAAAGACAAAGAAAGAGGGCAUCAUAAGAAGUCUAGUACAUCUAGAAGAUCUUAUGUAGCUUGUGCGAGUGUAAGUGAUUCCUCCAGCGAUGAAAGCUUCACUUCAAGUGUAGAAUCGUCCCGAAUUUGUCUUAUGGCUAGUGGAAGAAAGAAGAAACAAGUAAGUCCUUCUAAACAUGAUCUUACUAGUGAUUUAUCUUAUUCAAAAUUACAAGAUGCUUUUUAUAAUCUUCAUAGAGAAGCAUUAAAUGCUUUUAAGAAAUUAGCUUCACAUGAAAAGAUAUUUUUGAAAUUAGAGGCUAAGGUUGAAUGUCUUGAAUCUACGAAAAAGAUGUGGUAUCUUGAUAGCGGAUGUUCAAGGCAUAUGACGGGUGACAUACCGCUUUUCAUUGACUUUGUGCCAAAGAAAAAGGGGUUCUUCACUUAUGGAGAUAACAAUAAACGAGCUAUUCUUGGAAAAGGUAGUGUAGGUAAUCCUUCAUCUACUACUAUCUCCGAUGUAAUGCUUGUUGAUGGUCUUAAACACAACCUUCUUAGCAUUAGCCAACUUUGUGACAAAGGCUAUUUCCUUGGAACUAUAGCGAAGAAUGCAGAUUUUUGUCCAUUGAUCUAUACAAAUUUCAAAGAAUUGCUUAAAGAUGAAGCAGAUCCUAAGUGUCAUAAUGAUCGUAUUUGGAAAUAUAUUAAUACGAAGUUCAACAUUCCCGAGAGAGGAAAAAAAGCAGUAUUUUCUCGAAUAAAUGAUGCUUGGAGACGGAACAAAUACUCUAUCAAGAGAGAUCAUUUCCUAAAGUACUCUAGUAUGAAGGAAAGAUUAAAGAACCGUCCAAAAAGUAUAUCUGAAUAUCAUUUCAAGAAAUUAUUAGUGUAUUGGAAAGAUAAUCAUGUUCAGUUUGACAAUUUCUAA